AUGAGGCUUCGACGGCAUGUGGGCUCAUGUGGGUUGUUGAUCUCACCUACCGCUGGCAAGCCCCCAGUCAACCACGCACAUCGAGUGCACAUUGUCAUAUGUGGUGUGCGUACUUUCACAGCAACACUUUUUGCGCUGUGCCACGAUGUUGCCAAACACCAGUGCCAAGCGACAGACACUUUUCUCACUGUCUUGCAACUCGAUAUUGUAGCCCUGAACACUAGGAUUCACGCUGUUCAUGCCGCUGUACAGCAUCUUAUCAAGGCCCACCGUGGGGGAGGGCUGGUGUUCACAGAUGCAUUGCCAAACGGCGCCGAUGAUGCAGAAGAUUUGGGGGCAGAGGGCGUUGACGGCGAAGAGGAUACCUUCAGCAGUGACGAAGAUACCUGA